GAAAGUCGGCACAUCCUUUUCCGUCUCAAGCCACACGCUAAACACACAGGCGCUGUGUGCUCAUCCCAGGACAACAAAACACCCAGACAGAAAAUAAAGCAAAUUGCUGCAGUGCACCAUGGCUCAGGACGGGGUGAUACUGCAGUUCAACUUUCCCACAUUCGGGGACUCCAUGCUUCAAAAGAUGGAUGUUCUUCGUCGAGACAGACGUUUCUGUGAUGUUGUGGUCCGCAUCAAUGACUUGGAAGUGCCUGGACACAAAGUGGUGUUUGCCGCUGGCUCCCCUUUCCUUAGAGACCAGUUUGUCCUUCAGGACUCACAUGAAGUACAGAUAUCUACACAGCAGGAUGCAGAAGUUGGACAGAAGCUUCUUCUGUCCUGCUACACCGGGACACUGGAGUUUCCAGAGCUGGAAUUAGUGCACUAUUUAACAGUUGCUAGUUUCCUCCAGAUGAGUCACAUUGUAGAGCAGUGCACCGAAGCUCUAAAUAAAUUCAUAAAACCACAUGAGGUCAAAGACGAGCGUGCAUCAUCCCGACAGCCAUCGGACUUCAACGCACAGCGUGGCCAACCAGCUGUGGAGACAGUAUGUGAUGAAGAGGAUGAGGUGGACAAUGAUGGAGAAGAUGACUUUGAUGAUGAUGAUGAUGAUGAUGAUGAUGUGAUCAUACAGCCCAAGUCUCCACCUGUGUUUAGAAACUCUCAGAGCAACAGCAGAGGAGAGGAAAGUCCCAUUAGUAUCGUUAAGGUAGAGUCAAUAGAUGAGCGAAUGCCUGAUAACUUUCAGAGUCGCUCAAGUCGCUCGCCAACACUGCGCUCACCGGAGCCACAACACUCCCUGAUAAACUCCACAGUGGAAACCCGACAUGCAGAAAUCGCCAUCAACCCCACAGCUGAAUAUUCCCUGUCCCCACCUGGACCCAGCGGCUCCGGGAAAGGGAAUCUUUGGGGAUGCUCAAGAAAUGUCGAUAAGGGUAUGCAGUGGUACCACCAGUGCCCUAAAUGUGCUCGCGUGUUCCGUCAGCUGGAGAACUACGCCAACCAUCUGAAGAUGCACAAGCUGUUUAUGUGCCUCAUGUGUGGAAAAACAUUUACCCAGAAAGGAAACUUACACCGGCACAUGCGUGUCCACGCUGGCAUCAAACCCUUCCAGUGUAAGAUAUGUGGAAAGACUUUUACUCAGAAGUGUUCGCUGCUAGACCACCUGAACCUUCACAGUGGGGACAAACCACACCGUUGUAAUUACUGCGACAUGGUGUUUGCACAUAAACCAGUUCUCCGUAAACACCUGAAGCAGAUCCAUGGAAAAAACAGUUUUGAUAAUGCCAAUGAAGGCAGUUUGAUUGAAGGACUAUAAAUUCAUGUUAACGUCUAAAUAAAUUCUAUUAAUAUACAUGACGUAGACACAAUUUGUCUUGAAGACACAAUUCUGUAUAAAAGUGGUUCUCCGCCAGGAGGUCAGGGUCCACUAGGGGGCCCCAGUAAAGGCCCGUUCACCGCAAGGACGAUAAUUAUAACAAUAAUGAUAAAAGUAAUAGUUUCAAACUUCAUUCUAAAUGUCAACAAUAAAUAAGUCCACACCUCUGUAGCACACUGGAACAAUAUUGUCGGAAUCAGUUUUAAAGAGCAAGAGCAUUUAAAGCAAUCGAUGACAGAACUGCAGCACGUGUUUAUAAUAAACAGAGAAUUAUUAGACGCUGGUGUGGACACCACAUCAUGAAACAAACUCGUUAUGUUUUUAAGUUUAUUUAUUUUUUAAGAAUAGGUACCACAGGUACAUAAUUUAUAGGUACAUAAAUUCUUGACAAGCGUGGAUUGAACUAAAAAAGGUUGAGAACCACUGCUGUAAAUUAAUACACUAAAUUACAAGAACUAAAUGAAGUGUCCGCUGAUUGAUAAAUACAUGUACAGUCAAAGUCAGGUUUAAUGUCAUUUUCUUUUUUUCAUAUUGCAGGUCAAGGGAGAUGUAUUAAGUUGAUUUUGAAUGCUGCUGUGGGAUCAUUUGGCUGUCAUAUCUUUUGUAAAGAUUCAAAUAUAUUUUUAAAGUAUAUCUGAUCAGACCAUAUUUCAGUUUUGAAUGCUAAUGUAUAACUUCCUCACUUGAAGACAGCUGUAUUUGAACACUAUUGCACAACUCUUGGUCUGUAAUAAAUGUUUCCACGUUUCCAUCUGUGUGAACAUGCCAGAAUUCGGAGAACAUUGCUGACUCACUAAUAAAUAAUUGCAGAUACUGCAUGAAAUGUGCACUUCUUUCUGUUAAUGUUCAUUAUGCUAUGAAAAAAUAAAAGAU